AUGUCAUAUUUUAUGAUCAGCCGAGAUUCUAAUCUAAUAUUCGUUAUCAUCUAUUUUGAUGGUUUUCGUGACGAAUCCAGAUCAUUAGCCAAUUUAGUAUCGACAUGGUUUGCGAAUGCAAGGCGUCGAUUAAAAAAGGAGAAUAAAAUGACUUGGGCACCACCAAAUAGGCCGGGUGAUGAUGACGACGACGUUGAUGAUGAUAAUGAUGACGAUUUUGCGGAUAUUGACGCCGUUGAAGCAGACCAGUGUGAGCGUCCUUCCAGUAGUGGUUCAGAAAAUGUUACUGAUAACUAUGAAGUUAAAAAAGAAAAAUUAGAAACAAGUUCGAGCCCUCAAGAUUCUUCUCAAACAGCUCAGCAAAAGUGCCAAAUAAAAUCGUCGAUGCAUGAGACAUUUCAUUCAACAAGUCCGCAAAAAACAUCUGCAUCUAAUAAAGAUGCAAAUAAUGAUGUUUUAUCAAAAAAGAAUAAAAUUUGGUCGAUAGCUGAAACGAUUUCAAAUGAUAGCUCAAGCUCGAAUAAAAAAGACCAGCCAACUUCAUCGUCAUCCAAUCCUAAAUUAGAUGAAAAUUCGGCAUCACAUCAAUCAAAUUCUAUACAGUUGAUGGGUGGCUCAUUCAAUUUUCCAGCUAACUCACCUUUUUUGAAUCUGAAUCAGUGGCAUCAGCAAAUGUCAUUGGCGAUGCAUCGUUUACCGUCAAAUUAUCACAGGCCUGAUUUAUUUUCGAUGAUGGCACAAACUGCUCCUCUUCGACCAGUACCACCUCCGCCACCACCAUCCCAUUUGUUAUAUAAUCCUAUAUUAAUUAAAUCUGUACUUCCGCCACAACAACCAUUGCAAACGACUGCGACAUCAAUGUCAAAUGGUAAGUGGUAUGAUCCAGCAAGUAGUCCAGUGUUAAAUACAAAUGAUGGAAAUAAUUUGAAGAAAGGUGCUGAUUCGAAGAAAGACUGA